ACCAUGAUUCCUAUUGUGGCCGCAGUGGAAGUCCCGGAGGGCCCGAGGGAGGCCUCCUCCUUCCGGGGAAGAGGCUCCUGGAGGAGACGGAGGGAAGGAAAGAAGCGUCGCGGGGAGCUGGGCCUGAGAGGCGCUUCUCUCAAGACUACUUCCUCCGCUUCCGCCGGGGAAAAGGGGCGGGGCGGUGGGCGUGUCCACCCAGCGCGACUACUCUCCCGGGGGGCGGGGCCUCGGGAGCGACGUCACUCACUCGGGGAGAUCCGCUUCCGGUAGCGGCGCAGGAAGCUUGUCCCCGCAGAGCCGCCGUCGUCGUCCAUCGAGGAAGAGGAAGAUGCGGCAUCGGCGGCGCUGAGGGCAGUGAGGUGGGCCCAGAUGCGGGCGACGGCGAUGCUGGGGGCCGGCAGCCCCCUGGAGAACCUUCGGUCCUUCGUGGGCAGCCGCCCUCCGCUGGUGGUCUUCAUGGUCAUCGCCAGCGCCGCCGCCGCCAUCGCCUUCCUCACCUUGGGCUACUUCUUCAAGAUCAAGGAGAUCAAGGCCCCGGAGAUGGCCGAGGACUGGAACACUUUCCUGCUGCGCUUCAACGACCUGGACUUCUGCGUCUCGGAGAACGAGACCCUGAAGCACCUGGCGGCCAACGAGACGGCGGCCGCCGCCGCUCCUGCGGACAGCGCCCCCAGCGGAGGCCCCCCCUUGCGGCCCUCGACGCCCCCCCCUCAGGCCCUGGAGGACCCCGGGCCCCUCAACACCUCCGUGGGCAUCACCCUCACCCUGGACCCCCUCAGGCCCUUCGGGGGCUUCUCCAGGAACGUCACCCACCUCCACUCCAGCGUCUUCGGGCACCAGCUCGGACUCUCAGGCAGAGAAGCCCAUGAGGAGAUCAACAUCACCUUCACUUUGCCGGCCGCCUGGAACUCGGAUGACUGCGUCCUGCAUGGCCACUGCGACCAAGUGGUCUUCACCACCUGCAUGACCAUCACAGCCGCAAGCAGCGUCUUUCCAGUCACAGUGCAGCCUCCCCACUGCGUCCCAGAGACCUACGUCAACGCCACCUUCUGGUACAAGGUCUUCACUACCGCCAGGGACUCCAACACGAAAUACGCCCAAGACUACAACCCCUUCUGGUGUUACAAAGGAGCCAUCGGCAAAGUCUAUCACGUGCUAAACCCCAAACUGACGGUCAUCGUCCCAGAUGACGACCGCUCUCUGAUCAACCUGCAUUUGAUGCAUACCAGCUACUUCCUCUUUGUGAUGGUCAUCACCUUGUUCUGCUACGCCGUCAUCAAAGGCCGGCCAAUCAAACUGCGGCAGAGCAGCUCGGACUUCUGCCCAGAAAAGGUUGCUUUCUCAGAAGCAUGAUGGGCUGCUGCCGCUGCUUCCUCCUGCAAGGACUGAGUCUGCGACCAUUGCCUGCCGAACCCAGAACCAGGGCCCCGAUUUGUUAUGAAUUACCUUGCAACGUUGGGUCACUCCAACCAAAGACGUUUCAAGUGCCUGUAACGGUUAUUGAUAUAAGGAUUCUGCUUGGAAGAGGAACCGGUGGGAGUCCGGUUCUCCCCCUUUUUGGUGCGGGAGUCUGGGCCGGAGAGAUUUGGGGCAGGGGAGGGUUGCCUUGGACAACCCAGGUGCCUUUUGCGAGUGUCUCUGAAUAUAAUAAGCACCUUAUCUUCCUCUUCCUUGUGGUCCGGCCGAAGCAGCUCCAAAGCCGCCGCUCUGCUCCACGAACCCGAGUGCGUUUUGUCACCGUCCGUUCCUUCUUCCUGUUUGCUCCCUGCUUGCCAAAAGAUACCCACCUUCCUAGGUUUUGUUUGAAAGAAACACCCAAGAUGUCCAUGUGAUUAAUUGGCUGUAGUUCGGAAAGACGAUGUGCUUGUAAUGUUAGAUUUAUUACUGUCCUUUAAGCAAGAGAGGCCCUGCCCCGCUCUAUGCUGCCUUGCCUGUCUGUGGAAGCGCCCGGCUCCUUGCUUGCGGCGGUGGAAGCCACAUCCCGGGCCUCAUGUGGGGCCCUUUCUGCCAGGAUGAAGCCCCAGGCCGAGCUGCGCAAGUGCGCAUGCGGAGGUGGGAGAGAGGCGUGCGCUGGGUCUCCGUCCAAGGCUGAUCCUUGGUAUGGGCCACCUGCAUUUUGGGCUGCUGUUGAUGUCCAUGGCCCUUGGGAAGUGAGGUCUCACCUGCCGCAU